GGGCCACUUUAAGAGCAUUUCUCACAGAACCGGGGGUAACCAUGACUUGCUGUGAAGGAUGGACAUCCUGCAAUGGAUUCAGCCUCCUGGUUCUGCUCCUGCUGGGAGUAAUCCUCAAUGCAAUACCUCUAAUUGUCAACAGACUUGAUGAAGGCAAGUUUCUUCAAAACCCCAUCUCUUGCUUUGAGUGGUGGUUCCCAGGAAUUAUAGGAGCAGGUCUGAUGGUCAUUCCAGCAACGAUAGCGUCCUUGGCCGCGAGGAAAAGGGCCUGCUGCAACAACCGCGGCGGAAUGUUUCUCUCCUCGUUUCUGAACGUGCUCACGAUCCUUGGUGCCGUGUACUGCAUACUGGUUUCGGCGCAGGCGCUCAUGCAAGGCCCUCUCAUCUGUCAGUCUCCAGACAACAGGAUGGCCAGCUGUGAAUUCUCACUGGACAAGUUGGAGAUUCAUCCAGAAUCCUCGGAUCUACAGUGGUUCAGCAAUGGAUCCUGCGCCCUUACAAAUGAUGAGAACUCUCCCGCUGGGAAGGACUGGACAGACGACACCUCGCUCUCCGGGUCUAAGGAAGAGAGAUACAAGACGAUCCACUUCUCCGUAUUUGUCGGUCUGCUGCUUGUGGGAGGGCUGGAGCUCCUGUUCGGGCUCAGUCAGAUACUCAUCGGUUUCCUGGGCUGUCUGUGCGGGGUCUCCAAGCGACGCAGUCAGAUUGUGUAGUCAAUGGUAACAAAGUGGGAAGAUUAGCAGCUUGAACCAUCUGAGAAUGACUGGCACAUUUAAAGGACACCCUUUUGGAAGUUAGAAGUUCAAUAAUGGAACAUUAUCUAGAAAGCUGUAGUAAUCCUUUCAGUCCAAAAGGCUGUUUUUACGUUACCUCUACGGUGAUUAUAAACAAAGCACUUUUUACAUGUGAAGUAAACCAUGUUGGUAAACACGUAAGGGCUUUCAUGUGAGAGAGUGAAAAUCAUCAGUAGUUGACUUUGGGGAACAAUGAAGACAAACUCUGAGUCUGUUUUGUACCUUUCUGUACUGAUCGAACUUCAUAACUCUGAAUUCUCGUGAGUGAAAGGGACGGAGGGAGGGGAAGGAAAAUGGGUGGGUGGGGGGAGACCAGGAGAAGCAGAAGUUCUCCUGGAAGUAAGUAUAUGGGAACUUUUUCUUGCAUUUCUCUACUGUUUAAGAAAAAAAUAGAAAACACAAUAAAUAACUAACCUAAGUGCAAUAAGUUUUAGACUGAACUCCUAGCUGACGGGAAAUCUAGGGACAGAGAACACUGACAACUCUGAAAAGUUCUAAAGGUAGGGCAGGAAAGAGACAAGAGUCUUCUGUUUGCAACAAGAAAACGUGCCGGGGGAAGAGAAGCGGGACGUGUGGAGGGAGCUGUUCUACACCGAGAGCAAACGAACGUGGCUCGGCGGAGCGUGUCCUGUGGACUCUGUUGGGGACAAUCGGGAGGCCUGCACAAGGGGCGGGUUAGGUGGUAGUAAGGACUUAAUGUGAUUUUUUAUGACUGUUAAUGGUUUUAUGGUUGUACAGGGAAAUUUCCUUAUGUUUUAGAAAUGCUUCUAUAUGUGUUUGGGAGAAUGUGUCAUGUUUCUAAAGUACUUCGGCCAAAAAUAAAGCAAUGGGAAAAUGUUCAAUUGUUAUUUUAGGUUACAGGUAUAUAGUGAGUCAUUACACUCUUUUCCUACGUUUGCAUUUUCAUAGUAAUUUUAAAAAACUAUAAAUACCUAGAAAAAUAUCAGUCUCUCAAAAGCCGGUUUCUAUGUAUGACAAUCUUAAAAAAACAGGAUAUUGAAACAGUAUAUUUACCAUAUUAAAAUGAUA